UGGUGACUGGAGAUUCUAUGGUUGAAGUGGAGGACCACGUUAACCGGCAACAUUAACUGUAUCGUGGAAGAUUUGUACAUGUUUGAAUUCAGUUUACGUUUUGAGCGUCGUACUGUUAUCGUGAUUAUGUGUGUAUGAUUUCACUCUUGUGUUUUCGUACAAUUUUUCGUACUCGUCGGUAAUUUUGUUUUUGUUUAGUUUUUUUUUUGUGUCGAUUAUCGACAUUGUGAUGUUAAAAACUUUUGAUAUAAAUUUUGUGUUCAUGGCAAAGUAAUUGUUUGUUUGCAUGAAAGGGACGUCCGUCACAUCUUGGACUUUAGCGAUGGUAAAGAGGUAAUACCGGGCGUGGAAUGAUUUUACACAGAAAUACUCACAUAAUGGAUCUUCAUAAAAUGAUACUAGUCUUUUUUUACAUUUAUCUAUCAUGUUUAAGUUGUGUUUUUACCCAAAGUGUCUCUGUACCACCUGAAAAUAAAAGUGAUAAUGUCGCAUCUAUCACACAAACAGUAUAUGGAUUUUUGGAUUUCACUACCACCAUUGGUAACACUGUUAUGGUUUUUUCGCCACAAAGUGCGUCUACCACAAGUGAAAAGUCCACGGUCCAGGAUACAGUUACGGUAAUAAAUGAAAAACCGCGAACGGAGAGCGGAAAUUCGGUGAUAGAAAUUAAACCUAGUAAAACCGCAACGUCGUCGCAAACGUCUCAGCUAGAUAAUAAAGUAGAAAGUAAAAAUGUUGGUAAAAAUGAAACGAGCUCCGACAAGAACGAUAAAUCAAAAGAUACAGAAAACAAAAAACCUACAACAAAAGCAGCGGCCGUAUUGAAAAGCACGACCCAUUCGCAGAACGUACCGUCGUCGCCGUCGCCGCCGCCGCCGCCGCCGUCGUCAUCCCAGAAUAAAACAAACGUGAAAAACAAGACGGAAAAAAGUACUAAUAAAGCGACGUCUAAAAGCCUACCUCAAAACUCGACGGCGAAAGUUGUCGCGAAAUCAGAUAAACCAAAAAGUACGCCUAAAACUACCACCGCUAAACUAGACUUGGUAACAGAAUCGAAUUCCAGUCCGCAAUUAAUCUCUACUAAGAAAUUUAAUAAAGAAACCGAAAAAACUAAACCGACGUCUAAGCCGGAAACUACCACCAAGGCUAAUGUAACACCAAAAGCUCACAAGCCCGAUGUAAAAGCUAACAAAUUACUCGCUUCUAACCAAACAUCUAACGUUACUGCUAAACCCAACGUAAAAAGCACCACGAAAAGCGAUAAACCAAAAAGCACUACCAAGACGACUACGAAAUUCGAAUCGGUAUCAGUUUCAGAACCGCCGAAAACUACUCAAGAAUCGGAAAAAGUCGUCAAUUCCGUUAUCAUAGCCAGCAAAGUGGAAAUUCGAGAAGGUCCAACAAGUGUUCAAAAAGUAGUCAAAAAGCAGGAAAUCGAACCCACAAACGUCGACCAGAGUUUGUCGAGUAGUGUUCAAGUUAAAAAUGCCGACCAAAGUAAAUCGUCGUCGACGGCAGUGUCUACUGAACCUGAAGAACAGACAAAAACUACCGAAGCGAAAGAAGAAAACACUUCUAUUACAGACGAACCUGCUGUGAUUUCUAGUAGCGGCGUUUUAGCUCCGGAAUACGAUUUCCUUUCCAGGCAACCUUCCGAAGUGGUCGACGAAACAUAUAAGGUUAUAGAUUUGAAACCGAACUCCGCGAAUGGAAAAUAUCAAAAACAAAAAAACACUUAUCGCGGAACUACACCACCGCCGGCGGAAAAUUACGAAGAAACUCAACCGUUAGGGUUAGUAAAUAGUCUGUCUGAUUCGAUAAUUAAAGACGGUUUGACGACCGUUUACGAAACCAACAUAAUCGGUACGGUAAUUUCGGGCAAAUACGCUCAAGUGCUUCAAAGUAAUUCUCAUGUUCAAAAUCAAAAGAAAAUAAAACCGUCUCCGUCGUCUUCGGCACGCAUAUUAAAAACAGCAGCUCCGACUUCUUUGAAAUCAAGCAAAGUACCCAGUUUGGAUCCAACACUGGUGAACGCUUACGAAGACGAUUCGAGCUCUUUAUACUCGGAACCUUACAACGCCGAUCAGAGCAAUAUAAAACCGUCUCGUAAACCGCCGUCUAUUGGUGGUAAUUCGUUUUCAAAGAAUAAAUAUUCGUCUAAUAAAAAUAAAUUCAAAGAAGAUUAUCGGGAAGAUUACAGUACUACGUCAUCGGAAGAUGAAGAUACUCUGGAUACCGAUUACACCAUCUCCAAUUCGAACCCUACAUCUCCGUCAUAUUUGCAAUCGACUUCUAAAAAAACAACCACGAAAAAUAAGUCCAAUCAAAAUGGAAGACCGUUCAAAUUCCAAAACAAUAGAUUCAGCAGACCGACGACACCAGAAUUAGCGACGGUUUCGGUAUUUAGCGAGAGCAAAGCUUCGGCGGUUACUCCUUCGUACAGCGCCGGAGGUAGACGUUUUACUCCUAGUAAUAGGAGAUCGACCGCUAAACCAGCGACUACUUCUUCCGAAACGGAAAGAGGAUACACCAACAAACGCAGUUAUAAGUCUAAAAUCGGUCCAUCGAACGUGGAUAGUAAUAACAUAGCGCCGGUGUCAUCGUCAACUUAUAAAUUCAAACUGGCUAGGCCCGGCGAUGCCCGUUGGCGUUUUCCAACCACGCCUAAACCACGCGUUAACAUUCGUAGAAAAGACGAACAUCUCGACAACGUUACCGUCAGCCCUGUGCCUCAAUUUACGCCCGAUAUUCAACUGGAAACCGAUCAGGAAUUGUCAGGAUCUGGAAUAUUUCCAGCCCUGCAGCACGAAGAUAAUUCACUGGUGCAAGAUGUAACGCCGACGCCUACUCUCGAAACGCUGCGAGUGGAGAUUUCGACGCCUGCCGAUUUCAAAGAUGUUUAUUACGAAAUUGCCACCAUCAAAUCACCGUAUCAUUACACUGUGGGCACAUCGAAGCAUGUGCGAAUGGUUACGGUAACUUCGACAUUCAAAAAAAGCCUAGUUCAACCAACCGAAUCGCCAACAGCUCGUACUGAACCAUUAUCCGAAAAUAUAUUAGCUAGUACCCAUAACGCGUACGAUAAAGAGCCACCAUUAGAUUCGAGUAUUGCUACUUUGCCGCCGAUUGGUUUGGCCGGCGAUGCGGAAACUCCGCCAUUAGAAACGAUGACCGAAUCUUUCAGCACCACUCAGCUUAUGCUCAAGACGCAUAUUUUGCCAGUAGUUCGAGGUGGCAGCGAUACCACCAUGUAUACGCUGGUGCAAUCUUACCACGUUACCAGAUUAGUGACCGCUACCAAAACACUGCCUCCUAUGGAGGUCUACCAAUUCGUGCCUACUAAAGCGUUGAACGAAUUCAAUACCAGGUUAGAUGAAGCCGGAUCCGAGGUGCAUUUGGAAUUGGAUUUCGGCGAUAAUAACGAGCAAGAUGACGAAUCCAGGCCAAACGUAUCUAAAACUUUGUUAUCCGAUUUAGAUUUAACCAACAUCGGCUCUGAUUUCGAUAUCACCGAUGUCGAUAAAAAUAAAAUACUCGAACAGCAUUUAAGAUCGAAGAAAGCUCACAAGUUGACAAAGUCGAGUACGCCGACGCCGCCGCCGUCGUCGCCUCCGACCUCUGAAAAUCCGAGCACUCCGGCUCUCAGUCCGGAUCAAUUACAGCAGCUAGCUUUGCUAAAAUUACUUAAUCCGAAUGCCGCCGCGCUGCCCAACGUAGUUACCUCAUCUAGACCAAUACUAAAGGUAGAAACCGCAUACGAAACGUACAUAUUGCCCGUAUUCAACGGCAUCAGCACCGUAUUUACCACCAUUUCCAAACCAACGGCUACCGUAACGAAAACCGAAUACGAAUAUGUGACAAAUACGUUACCCGCGCUGCAGCCAUCCGCAUUUAAUCCGCUGUUUCCGCAGCCUUCAUUCCAAAUCGCGACUACCCCUCUCGUCACGCAGACAAUGUUGACAGAAACAGAUAGCAAAGUGUUAAAAUUAACUUUCGGCGCUAAAACAACCUACACUACUUUGUAUUCGACCAAAGUUACGCCGACCAUUAUAACAACCUAUAUAACAAAUUCUAUGCCGAUACAGCCUACGGCGGCUACAUUCCCCGGAUUCUUCAAUCCGGCUCCUUAUGGUUUUAAUGCGCCUUUCCCAUUUGUCGGCUGAACACGGUUGCGUGUGUGGCUGGCUAUCCACGAUCGACUUUAACUUUAAAUUUGGAAUAAAAUUUCGAAAUUCGACAUUUCUUUCUUUCCUCGAUACGUACCGAGUAUAUUCGACGAAUUUUAUCGUCGUUUCUUUCUCUAGCUCUCUUUUUUCCCUCUCUCCCUCUCAUAUGUUCCUUAAGCGCAAAACGUGACUCGUGAGUUGAAAACUUUGCUCAAAUGAAGUACCUAACUUUGCCUAGAUCAAUAUUAAGUAUAAUUGUGAGAAGCCAUAUAUAUGUAUACUACGAUAUGUAUUUAGUUAAGGAAAUUGUAAAUACGAUGUGAAAAAUCAACGAGUGAUUUUUCAAAAGGUUCGAAGAUUGAAAACUACCUAUAGAAAGCUGUUUAGGUAUACCUACUCGUACAUUUAAAAAAUAAAAAAAUAAAUAUAUUCUACGUUUUCAGUGAUGCAACGACUAAUUUUUUAAGGUAAAAAGGUAGGUUGUCAAGAGUGGAGGGGAAAGGUAUAGUGAUCCUUCUACGUCUUCUUCAGCUGUCUUUGAAUUUUCCGUUAAAAAUUGUUCAUCCUUCCCCUCCCCACGUCAGCGGUCAAGAAGUUGAUUUCUUCAAAUAAGUACACAUACCUAAUGAUAUUCUCGUUAUUCAUUUUUUCAGAUUCUCAAAAGUGAUUUCCAAGUAAAUUUUCCCAUAUUAAAUGAAAAUUGACGUCAUUUUUCAAUUUUUUCUCGAGCAAUUCAAAUUUUGAAUAUCUUGAUUAUUCAUCACACUGCUUUGAAAACAACUAAAAGACGUUUCGAGAUGUUUGCAUCCCCUAUCUAGGUACCUUUGGAGAUAUCUUGUCAAACUAUCCUUUUUCUUGUUGUUACAUCACUGAGGGAUAUUUUUCAAUCUUCAAAUCUUUGAAAACCAUUUAUUGAGUUACCUAUGUUAUUAUUUAUUUAAUUUUCUAAGCGAGUAUUAAGUAUACGAAUUUUUAACGAAUUUUUUUAAUUUUAAAUUUUCGCUAGAUGUGUGUGUGCGUGUAAUUUUUCUUUAUCAUUAUUUCUAAUAAUAUUUGACAACCAAAUAACGAACGGUUAGUAUACUGCCAAGAUUAAAAAGGGCUUUUUUCAUAAGCACUAAGGAAAAAAAUGCGCCAAUUUCGUUGAUUUAUGGUUGUCAUAAGUUAUACGAAACUCGUAUUUUUCUAUAAAGAAUAAAUAUUUCAUAGUAUCGGUGCCCUAUUACGUUUAAGAUUGUAUUUUUAAAGAAAAAUAGUACCCUCAUAAUAUGGUAAUUUUUCUCUCAAAAUGAAUCAAAAUUCUGCCUGUAUAAAAAUUUGCAAUUUUUUUUUAUAUUUAUAUCAUAAGAUCUUUACCUAUGUCGGUGCCAGUGAAAAUGACGGAAAUGAUUUUUUAUUCUAAAAAAUUCUCCUUACGAAAGAAAUUUGGUGGGUAUUUUCAAUUUAUCGUUGUAUUCAAUCGCGAUCAUUCGAAGUGUGAAAAUGUAAAUCCGGAAUUGACCGCCUCACAGCUCAUUCUAUGUACGAGUACUUAUGGGUGACCUUCAACUUUACUUCUUCCAUUUUAUCGAAUGGAGUAUAAAUUCACGUUUGGUCAAGUAUUUCGUAGAAAGAAAGAGGCGAUUCGUGAUCUACCAAGAUCCCGGUGGCAAUAUUCCGAGACUUAUAUGUGUAUUGAUUAAAUAAUACGCGUAAAGGUACAGAAUAAAUUUUGUUAUUAUAUUUUAAUUUAGUAUACGUAUCGUAUUAAUUUAUAAUAAUAUUGCAUCUGAAUUGGUAUCAUGUGUAUAGCGAUAAAUGUCUUGUUUCUCCAUUGAAAUAGUAAAUAUCAUUUGAAUAAGUUGAGUUUUUUUAUUUUUUGUUGUAAAUAUUACCAAUCUUUGUAAAUAGUGUAGAUUUCCUUUUACGAAUAAAAUUUGAAUUUUGUAUACA